AUGACCAUAGAUCUACCACUUCCCGUCAAGCUUGUCUUGUUUUCAGCCCCGGAGGCCUUUCUGGUGAAACAAUUUUUUCCUGGUCAGAAUCUUCGGCUCCCGAUCACGCCCAUUUUCCUGGCGUUGGUCGCUAUCAACUUCUUAGCAUGGGCUUUCUGCAAAGUGUUGAUCUACCCGUUCUUCAUCAGCCCCUUCCGCUAUCUUCCCGAAGCCGUGCCAAAGUAUCCCAUCAUCGCCAAUGGCCCCGUCGUCAUGUCGAAGCCCCCAGGCAACGAAUUCCUCAAGUGGAUCAAGACGAUCCCCAACGACGGCCUCAUCCGGUUCCGCGGCUUCUUUAACGUCGACCGCAUCAUCCCGACGGAACCGCGCACCAUCGCAGACGUCCUCGUGCAUAAGAGCUACGACUUCGAGAAGCCCACGAGGCUGCGCGGCUUCCUGCGCCGCAUCCUCGGCGACGGACUGAUCAUUGUCGAGGGAGACGAGCACCGGUUCCAGCGCAAGAACAUCUUGCCCUCCUUCAGCUUCCGGCACAUCAAGGAGCUGUAUCCCGUCUUCUGGAACAAGGCCGUCGCCCUGACUGAUGCCGUGACGGCCGAGGUGCAGGACGAUCCCGUCAUCGAGAUCAACCAUUGGUCCACAAAGGUUACGCUUGACAUUAUUGGCCUCGCCGCGCUUGGGCGUGACUUCAACGCGCUCAAGAACUCCGACGACCCUCUUGUGGCUACCUACGAGGAGGUGCUCGAGCCGACAAUGGAGAAGACCGUCUUUUUCACACUCCACGUCCUCGGCUUGGAGCAUAUCGUCAAGAUCCUACCGUGGCGGAUCAACGAGGUGAUGCGUGACACGACAACUCGGUUGAAGCAGAUCUGUCAGCAGCUCCUAACGGACAAGAAGGCCUCGGCCAAGGCGGAGAGUGAGGAGCAGCAGAAGGACAUUCUAUCAGUGAUGAUGCGGUCGAAUCUCUUCGGCGACGACAUGCUGAUCGAUCAACUCUUGACCUUCCUUGCCGCCGGCCACGAAACCACUUCGUCUGCCUUCACUUGGGUCUGCUACCUCCUCGCCGUACACCCAACCGCACAGGCACGCCUCCGCGCCGAAGUCCUCGCCAACCUGUCCUCCGAGCUCGCCUCUCCCUCAUCCGCUUCCGCCGCAACGCUGACCGAGAAGCUUGAGAACGGGAUGCCGUACCUGAAUGCCGUGUGCAACGAGACGACGCGGCUGUACCCGACGGUGCCGGUGACGCUGCGCGAUGCGGUGCGCGACACGGACAUCUGCGGGCAGCGUGUGCCGAAGGGCACCCAGGUGCUGCUCGUGCCCUGGGCCAUCAACCGGUCGCCGGCACUGUGGGGCCCGGAUGCGGAGUGCUUCAGGCCGGAGCGCUGGAUCGACGAUGACGAUGACGAUGAGCAGGGUCGUCGCCGCGCGAACAACCACGGCGGCGCGAGCAGCAAUUACUGCCAGCUUACCUUCUUGCACGGGCCGCGCAGCUGCAUCGGGCAGAAGUUCGCACAGGCGGAGCUGAGGGCGCUGGUCGCGGCUUUCGUGAGUCGCUUCGAGUGGACGCUGGCGAUGGAUGAGAAGGACGUCAUUCCUGCGGGAGUGGUGACGACGAAGCCGAUGCAUGGGAUGCGGCUGCGUAUCAAAAGGUACCCGGCCUGA